AUGAAUUCGGACAUUGAAAAACAUUGUCGACAAGAAAUUAAAGAAUUGCUCAAAAAGGGCCUUAUUAGAUCUAGCCAAUCCUCUUGGAGUUGUUCUGCUUUCUAUGUCAUUAAUAAUGCAGAAAAGGAACGUGGCGUUCCUCGUCUUGUUAUAAACUACAAACCGUUGAAUAAGGCUAUGAAAUGGAUUAAUAUCCUAUCCCCAACCAAAAGGAUCUACUCCAGAAACUUUCGCAGUCCCUAA